UCGCACUAUUCUUUUUGUAAUAAAUUUUGCAAGACUUUUUCAAGUCUCCGUUUUUGUUCUAUAUUUUAAUUUUUACCGUCUAAAACUGAACAAAAGAGUAUGCCACCCCCAAGACCGAAGGGGAUAGGAUUUAAUACAGGAGCUACCCAACCCAGAUCGAACUCAAACACGCCAAUGUCGGAGAGGCAGCAAAUGGCUCUGCUCAUCCAAAUGACAGCCAACUCGUCGACAGUUCAGUCACAAAGCUUAGAACUUUUGCUCGUCGGCUUGAAUUUCAAUUUACAUCAUUCAUCCCGCACCACCUUAAAGAAGAAUGAAUGCAAGAAAGGAGACGCAGAGACUGACGAGGGCAGCCUGAAUGAGAAGCAAGAGGUCCUGGACACGAAAGACAAAUCUUCAGCGGAGGAGAGCAGCAACGAUGGUAAAUCCAGCGAUACGAAUCAUCAGGGAACUUCGGCUGCCAAGCGCUGCUACUCAGACAUAGAGGAGGACUACGAGGAAUCUGGCGAGGACGUAAAGAAAAAGAAGCGCAAGGAUUCGGAGCAUGGAAAGGACGUGAAGGGGGCCUCCCUGAAGCUCACAUCGCGCGUGGAGAAAAGCUCCAAGCUAGCUGCAACGAAGGGAUCCCCGUCAGGAAACAAAAGCAGCGCUUCCAAUGCCGAAAAGGAGCCGGCGGAGACUAGUAAGAAUGUAGAUAUUGAGAACGAAACGGAGUGCAGCGAUGAUUACAAGAGUAACGACAGCCUAUACAACGGAGGACUCAAAGUGCCGCCAUUAAAAAUUGUGAUUCCGCAGCAGAACUGCUCAAUCGACACUGAGGGCAAUGUGCUUCGAACUGGCAAGGUGACUGCCUCUCGCAAUGCCGCCCUGCCGUAUGUGGUCAGCUCCAAUAGCGAUUCCAUUGACACCGUCAUAACCAAUCAAUCUAUUAGCCCGCACGAAAGUCCACAGAAGAGCAAUAGCAUUUGCUCCACAGCCCUCGAUGACAAGAAUAUAAAGCUCUUCAAUGACGAAAAGAACCUGAGGGUCCUGCGAAGCUCUCAUCGCACUGGAGUGACCAGUGUGGAGCGCAGUUCCAAUAACUCCUCCCCGCAAAUGCAGAGCAGCUCUCCAUCGCCAGCGUCAUCGAAUCAUGCCAACGAUCCUGCAGAUGUGAAGCUCUCCUAUAGCAACAUGACAUCUAGUCCGAUCCCGCAGGGCCACCAGUUUGACCAGGAGGCAAUCACCAAUGUUCCAAGCCCGUCGACGUCGUCGACAUCCUCGUCCAAGGACAUAAAUCCCUCGAACGUGGAACUCCAUCCACGGAAGCGAAAGAUUCGACCGAAAAACACCGACGACAGUUCGAAGAACUCAAAUGCGGCGGAUUCCGGUGUCAACUCCGAAGAAUCUCACCCCCAUGACCAUCCCUUCACCAAUGGCUUCCAGAUGUUCUUGAGCAUCCGUCGUCAGAUCGAAAAGAAGUGGAAGAGCUUGUAUCCGGUGAAGCCAAGACCUCCGCAAGGUUACAACGAGUAUCUGCUGACAAAGAAAUCCUACUUAUUAAGACGCAAUGCGACGAUCUCAGUUCCGGAUAUUCCACGCACUGUUCCGCAGGCCAUGGAGAGGAUCUAUCAGGAUCAGGAGAAGGCCAGGCGAGAUCUGAUCGAAGCGCACACCGUGGAGCGGGAGAAACUAUGCAUGAACGUUGAGCAGGAGAUAAUACGCGUUCACUCGAAGGCGGCCAGGAGCAUAUCUGGACAGCCGGCGCCCUAUUCCGUUUGCACGUAUUUGAAGGACGACGAGGUCUACAACAUGAUCACACCGGAGCAGGAUGAAAAGGAAAAGAGUGCUCGUUGCCGCUUUAAUGGACGUUUGCUCCUCAGCUGGCUGCAAGAUGUUGAUGACAAGUGGGAGAAAAUUAAGGAGUCCAUGGUGUUGCGGCAUCAUAACGAGGCGGAAAGUCUGCACGCCGUGCAGGUGAUGGAUUGGAAUAUAUUUGCAAAACGAAAUAGGCUAUGUGACAACCCGAUUGAAGUUAAUUUGGAGCACGUUCCGAUCGUUUCAGUUGGUGACGACUUUGACACAUUGCCAACAUAACUGACGCAUUGAAAUUAAUAAAUUUUUACAAGAUUAUAAACACAGGAAUGUGUUUCUUCGAAAGAUUUGUGAACUAGAGAUACUUUCAAAGCCCAUUUUAUUUAACUUAACAUUUACGUGAAAAAUCGAUUUGUUUUUAAUGUGCACUUAAGUUGUCAAAAAUAUUUCUUGCAUAAUUAACCAUGUCCUGUAAAUAAAGUAGGUAUGAAAUUUGAUACAUAACAAUAGAUAUAUAAAAUAAUCUU